AUGUUGGCGUCAAGCGGCGCUGAGCUGCGAGGGAGGAUCUGCAGAGCUUUGCGGCUGAACCUGGCAUCGUUCUUUGCAUUUCGCGUGGCCCAUGAUGGGCCCAUGAUCCUAUCCUUCCAAGCCCGGCAGCUCCUGGCCAUGAUGACGCGCCACCCUCAAUCCCUCGAGCUGUGGCGCCGGAUUGCGCCCUUGGAGCGCCACUGCGAGCGCGUGGCAGAGAUGUGCACUGUGGCCCAGAGCACCUUCCCUGUCCAGGCUCCGGCGGAGUGGCGGGAGCUCUUCGGCUUCGACGUGCUGGAGUACGGCUGGCUUCGAGAGCUCUUUGAGAUGCAGUGGGCAGAGGCCACCUUCCAGGCUCUCUCCUUUCUGAUCCCGAGCCUACGGAAGCGAUUCGGAGAUUUCGGAGCCAUAAACGUGGACGUGGAUUCGUCCCUUUUCAGCUCUCAGGCUCCCUGCGCCAAGCUGGCCAAGAGCUCAAGGGAGAAGCUGGGCCUCGGAAGGGUGUCCUGGCGGCAGGCACAUGGCAGGGAUUGGCUCCGGCAUCGUCUGGCAGUGCUCGAGCACUGCUUGAGACGAGAGUUCAGGAAUCUCACCCAAGACUUCGGCGUGGAUGCUGCCAGUCGCAUCUUCCACUUCCGCAAUGCCCAGGAAGGGGGCGCCUGGGCAGAGCUACUGCACCUGGCCAGGCUAGAUACCCACGACCGCGUCAUGUUGCAGUCGUCAGGUGCCCACUGGAUCUUGAGCCGAACGAAACCAACAGGAGUGCCUGCGGGACGGGAUGCCAGGGCGCCGGCCUGGGCGAUUGGCCACCUGUGCAUGGGAGCUCACGCCGCUGGGACGGCCCGGGCA